AUAUAUAUAUAUAUACAUAUAUACAGUAGAACCUCGUUUAUCCGAGCUUCGAUUAACCGACACUCCGCGUAAUCCGAGGCACUGAAUUCAUCCGAGCACUCCGUAUUAUCCAAGGCGGUAGCUCGAAUAAUACGGAAAAACUUGGAUAAUACGAAGCGAAGCCAUGUAGGCGCGCGAUUGUUGUUGCUAUUUUGUUUUAACAUGCAUAAACUUGCACAAGCUUGUGUGUCAUAAACCAAAUGCAGCAGUUCCAAUCCUAGAGUCGUGAUGGCUCAGAAACGAUGGUCACUACUGCAAGUGACCUCUUAUUAAUAAAAAGAUGGAGAGAUAUUGCAGCUAAAAAACGCAUGAGCAAAUUAAAACAGUCUCGUAUUACUGACUUUGUUAAGUCAAUGACGCAUAAGAAUAAUGUGCAUUCGUUAUAAUUCUUAUAUUUUUAUACAUGUAUCUGAUCAUAUUACAUUUUUUCGAAUUCAUACAUACAUAAAAAUAAAAAGUCUUUUAAUUAUAUCUGUGUUCCGUAUUAUCCGAGAUUUCGAUUAUCCGAUGUACGCUUUCCCCACAUUACCUCGGAUAAACGAGGUUCUAUUGUAUAUAUAUAUAUAUAUAUAUAUAUAUAUAUAUAUAUAUAUAUAUAUAUAUACACACACACACAUAUACACACACACAGGGGUUAGACAAAAUAAUACUUAUUCCGACUCCGAAAAAUAGGCGUAAUUCAAGAAAGUGUAGUUUUGUCAAAAAUAAUCGUAAAAAAUUUUUUUAAAAAGUAGCUGUUAUUAGAGAAGAAAACCGAGGAAAAAUAUAUCAGGAUGUUAGUCAAAUUCCUUGAUACAAAUCUGAGUAAAUUUAACUACUUAGAGUGCGUUAAAUAUUCAUUUAUGACGUGCGAGGUACAAAAUGUGGUACAUGUCACCAGCGCAGGACAGAUUGUUAUUCUUGAUGCAACCGGAUUUUCUUUUAGCCACCUCGCUAGUAUUAACUUGGUAAUAUUGAAAAAAAUUUUAUUCUAUAUACAAGAAGCUGCUCCAGUUCGAUUAAAGACUAUACACAUAUUGAACACUAUGCCUGUAGUAGAUGCACUAGUGAAUCUGGUAAAACCCUUUAUGAAGAAGGAAUUGAUGAAUAUUCUACAUUUUCAUUCAAGCAUGGAAACCGUAAAAAAAUUUUUGCCUAUAGAAGGUUUGCCAAACAAAUACGGUGGGAAAGCAGGAUCUACGGAAGAAAUAACUGCUAAACACAUCAAAUUGUUGGAGGAAUUUCGCGAUUGGUUUCAAUAUGACGAAGUUAUAGAACGAGUGAACAAACCUUUGCGAGUUAUCAAAUGUAAAAAUGCGGAAAAUUUAUUUGGUGUAGAGGGUAACUUUAAAAAAUUGGAGCUAGUUUAAUCAGUCGAAUUUAAGGAGAUUCUUUAAUCUUUUCACAUGAUAUAAGUACUUGAUUAAAUUUUAAGAAUAAGUUUAUGAUUAUGUAGACAUUCGUAAGAAUUCUUAAACUUUUUAGGAAUCUAAUAAUCAAACAUAAAAAAGCACAACGUAUUAUUAACAUUACUAGAAGUUAUAAUUUGCUCCUCGUUAAUUGUGCCUUUCUCUUAUUUGCCCAAUCCUUUGUUUAAUUUUUAAUUAUAGACAAUCUUCGUGAUAUACUAUUUUAUAAGAUAAACAGACUGAAAAACAUGCGUCAAUCUCAAUUUUUUUAAUAUAAUUGAAUUGACUUUCAAAGGGUUAAUAGUUAAAUUUGUGAAAGCUCAAUGUAUUACACUGAGCUUUCAUAUAUUGUACAUAAAUUAACAACAAACGAAGCG